UAAAUCUGGGUGCCUGUGUCCUUUUGACUGGGUGCAGUCGUGGGAGGGAGCCCUGUAACUCUCCCGUUAGGGUCCUCUAGAGGUCUGUUAACCUGGUAUGUGUCCCUCCAUACUCUCCCAAUAGAACCCACACCGACCAUGGAAAAGAAAGAAGAAAGGGUGGGAGGCAUGUGUUGGGACGGUGGGGGUCCCGGGGAUCAGGCGUGGGAGGCGUCUGGACCUGCUGCCUGCGCUGCAGUCGCAGGCGGGGCUUCCAGCCUUCCCUAGGGGGUGUGGGACAAGAGGGGAGGGACUUGUAGGGACACAAGGGGGGCAGGAGGCAGUGCUUUAGAAACCUGGGUGAGGGAGUCUCAAGGUGCAAGGCACAGUUCGAUGGGGUCACCUGGGAGAUCCUAGACCCCGUGGGUGUCCCAGGCCGUGUUCCGUCCAAGGCACCAUCUCUUUGAUUAGGGAAGAUGGGGACACCACAUCUGCAGGGCUUCCUCCUCCUCUUCCCAUUGCUGCUGCGGCUGCACGGGGCCUCAGCAGGGAGCCUGCACAGUCCAGGCUUGUCCGAAUGCUUCCAGGUGAACGGCGCUGACUACCGAGGCCACCAGAACUACACCGGCCCACGCGGAGCUGGACGCCCUUGUCUUUUCUGGGACCAGACACAGCAGCACAGCUACAGCAGCGCCAGCGACCCUCAGGGCCGCUGGGGGUUGGGUGCGCAUAACUUCUGUAGGAACCCAGACGGUGAUGUGCAGCCCUGGUGCUACGUGGCAGAGACAGAAGAGGGCAUCUACUGGCGCUACUGUGAUAUCCCCACAUGUCACAUGCCUGGGUACCUGGGCUGCUUCGUGGACUCUGGGGCACCCCCUGCUCUCAGUGGUCCCAGUGGCACCUCCACAAAGCUCACUGUCCAAGUGUGCCUUCGAUUCUGCCGCAUGAAGGGCUACCAGCUGGCUGGUGUGGAGGCUGGUUAUGCCUGCUUCUGUGGCUCUGAAAGUGACCUGGCCCGCGGACGUCCAGCCCCUGCCACCGACUGUGACCAGAUCUGUUUUGGCCACCCAGGCCAGCUCUGUGGAGGCGAUGGACGACUAGGCAUCUAUGAAGUGUCUGUGGGCUCCUGCCAGGGAAACUGGUCGGCUCCUCAAGGAGUCAUCUACUCCCCGGAUUUUCCGGAUGAGUAUGGACCAGACCGGAACUGCAGCUGGGUAUUGGGCCAACUGGGCGCUGUGCUAGAACUCACCUUCCGCCUCUUCGAGUUGGCUGAUUCUCGAGACCGGCUGGAGCUACGCGACGUCUCGUCCGGCAACCUACUCCGUGCCUUCGACGGCGCCCAUCCGCCGCCUCCGGGACCGCUGCGCCUGCGCACUGCUGCGCUGCUGCUCACCUUCCGCAGCGACGCAAGAGGCCAUGCUCAAGGCUUCGCGCUCACCUACCGCGGGCUGCAGGAUACAGUGGAGGGCAGAGCAUCUCCAGAGGAUUCAACUGAGAGUCUCGCAGGGGACCCCGAUGGGGCUAACGCGAGCUGCAGCCCCAAGCCCGGAGCUGCACAGGCUUCGAUAGGUGCCCGAGUCUUCUCCACCGUGACGGCCUUCUCUGUGCUGCUGCUGUUGCUCCUGUCCCUACUGCGUUUGCUGCGUCGACGGAGCUGUCUGCUGGCUCCAGGAAAAGGGUCUCUGGCCAUGGGACCUUCCCGGGGCCCCGGGAGAAGCUGGGCUGUGUGGUACCGCCGGCCCCGAGGGGUGGCCCUGCCCUGUCCCCCAGGGGACUCUCAGGCUGAGGGUCCUGCUGCGGGCUACCGUCCCCUGAGUGCCUCCAGCCAGAGCUCCUUGCGCUCGCUCGUCUCUGCUCUCUGACCCCAGACGUACGUGAGUCCAUCACCACUUCUGCCAGCGAGAUGGACACCCGAGAUAUUAUGCAGCACCCUACCUCGACCUUGUGCCCCUUUAAAAGCAGCUCGGUCUCUGAUCAUCUCGGGAAGACCAGAAGAUCGGACAGGAAGCAUCCAGUGCUAUUUGGGAACUUGGCCUGACCCUUGGGGUCCAGAUGACUGAAGCCAAAGGACAAAGGGAAUCCAACACCCUAAUUCAUGGACCUUGAUGUGAUGGGUGGUGUUUGGUUUCAGGGUUCUUUGCGCCUCUUUUGGGGAUGGUCCUGGACUGCUGCCCUCGAUGAAAGGUUAGGGGCCAACAAAAGUGAUCUAAAGCCGGGCGUGGUGGCGCAUGCCUUUAGUCCCAGCACUCGGGAGGCAGAGGCAGGAGGAUUUCUGGCCAGCCUGGUCUACAAAGUGAGUUCCAGGACAGCCAAGGCUAUACAGAGAAACCCUGUCUCAAAAAACAAAACAAAACAAAAACAAAAACAAAACAAAAGUGAUCUAAAGACUCAGUAUAGACUUAAAAUAAAAGGCCUAUUUUGGUA